UAGUUCCAAUGUGUAAUUAACAUUUAAUUCAAGAUCAUUUUUGCCAUUUUUUAAAACAAAACAUCAUAAACUUGUACUAAAUAUGUGUAUUUAAUAAAAGAAUAGCUUUACAAAGAGCACGGUUGAUAAACUACAGAUGGGGUAUUUGCCUAAUACUAUUGGGUAACCUCACCUUGCAUGCACCUUACAUUGUGUAUAAAUAAGAAGAGCUACACCAGCCAUACGUGUUAAUAUGCAGAAGAUUGCUUUGUGCUUAUUUUUUUUUGGAUAUUUUUCAGAAGCAAAACUACCUGAAUAUAUUACUCCAUGUCCAAUCACCGAUAGCUCGUGUCUUAAAGAACAUGCCCAGGCUACUCUUAAGGCUUUACUUAAUGAUGGCGAUAGAAAGUUUAAAAUACCACGUCUAUAUCCUUUAAUCAUACCUGAAUUAGAACUUGGCACCGGAGGAUUAACUUUAAGAAUUAAAAACCUUACUGUUGAAGGAAUAGAAGAUGGAAUAUUAGAUACUGUAAAAUUUGACCCAAUAAACAAAAAAGCCUUAGUUAAAAUAGUCUUACCUUAUUCUCGAAUGUUCGGAAAUUAUACAGCUAAAGGACAUAUUUUGAUUUUAACUCUUGAUUCGGCUGAUAAAGGAGAAGUAAUUGCCAGAGGCGGUGAAUUUACGUGGAACUUUGAUUAUAUUUUAGAAAAAAGAAAUGGCGAUGAAUAUGCAAAAAUUACAAAUGAUUCCAUUAGCUUUAAAAUAGAAAAGGCAGAGAUGUAUUUUAAAAAUAUUGUUAAUGGUAACGAACGGUUAUCCAAUUCCACUAACGAACUUCUGAACAGCGAAUGGAAAACCGUAGUUGAAGAUUUUGGUCCACCAAUUGCACAGACUAUUAAAGGAGUUUAUAAUCUUAUCCUAGGAUCAUAUUUUCAAAGAAUUCCGUUUAAUCAACUGUUUGUUUUAAAGUAAUACCUAAUAAUAAAAAUAAUUGUGUUUAAUAAAAAUGACCUAGUUUUC